CACUGGACGUUCAGUUUAAUGUGUAAUUCAGUACAAAUGCUGACGAGCAGCGUCUCUAAACGGUAGACCAGCUGUGCUGGAACCCCAACGCAGGACUGUGGUAGAAGCGGUGGAUCCACCGGCACUUGCACCGUCUGAGGCGAUAUCCCGAAGAGAAGAGGGCAACGCGCGCAAUGAGAUAUCAGGACGGCAUGCUCGCUCUCAUACAUAACAGAAGGCAUUAUUCGAUCACGGCGAGUGAAGAACGGAGUUAACUAUCUAAGAAUUAAGUUGACAAAAGCCUUGGAUAUGAGUCGUUCAUCGAGAAAGGAGGAGGUGGGGGAGACAAGCCAACACGAGGGCGGACGCGCCAUAGAGGACAGCAGCGAUUCUAGUUUGGAUACUGAUGCUGUAGACCCAAGACUAAAAGACAUGCCAUAUAUCGAAGCUUUUGGUCACCGCUAUCAUGCCUCUGGCAAAAUCUUUCUACCUUUCGACAAAAACGAACUGGAGAGGAUGGAAAUCCAACACAAGCUAUACAGGCACUGCUUAGACGGAGCCUUGACUUCCACGCGGCUACCACUGCAUACAACUCAAAUACUAGACCUAGGUACCGGAACCGGCGUCUGGGCUAUAGAAAUGGCAGCCCGUUACCCCCAAGCCCAAAUAACUGGAGUAGACGUCUAUCCUAUACAGAGAAGGGGUGGGAUACCGCCGAACGUCAAGUUCGAGAUCGACGACGUAGAAAAUCCGUGGAAAUACCCGGAUAACACGUUCGACUUCAUCCACGCACGAAGCAUGGCCGGCGGUGUGCGGGAUUGGCCGGCGCUAUUUCGCCAGGUAUACAACAAGCUGAAGCCGGGUGGGCUUUUCGAGAUGACGGAGAUCGCCCUUAAUAUCUUCGAUUUCGACGGCAAGUUCGCAGAGGCGGAAAUGUGCCCCGAGUUUCUACAGAUUUGUCGAGACUUAUACAAAGAGGUCGAUAUGGAUUUUAACCCGUCACCGCUCGUCCCUGACUGGCUUGUCGAGAUCGAUUUUGAGAAGGUAGUCCAGCGGAGCGAGAUACUUCCACUCGGGAGCUGGGCCCAAGACGAGAAGAUGAAGACACGCCAGAGUUUAGUGAACAAGAUAACAAACGAAGACUAUUGCACAUUAGACAACCACUGUGGCUUAUUGUUCCAGAAAGGCGGGUGGACAAAAGCCGAAUAUGACGCCCGAAUGCCCCCGUUUUGGCAAGAAAUCUACUCUGGAGAAAUAAGACCGUACAUAAGAGCCGUAUUCACCACCGCGAGGAAGCCUCGUGAAGAGGGUCCAUCAUGACGCUAUACA